AUUUAUUGUUUAUAAAAGAAAAAAAUAAAAUUUGCGACUCGAUGUUACCUUUCUAAACAAUAAUGUAUUCCAACGAAUUCAAGUGGUUGACCGUGAUAUCGUUUACCCCGUAUCGUACGAGAUAAAAGUCCAAUCAUGGUGGACAAGUUGCACGAGUACGAAGGGUUCGCGGGUAGAUUUCACGGUGUUCGUGACAUCAUCAAGGAAAGAUGGAACAGCUGGAAGGAGUGGAAGUCAGGUCUGAAUUUGGAUCAAGGCCUGGACGGAUUGAGGCAUCAACUGCGAGGGCCACCCAAAUUGGAGCGCACGUUGGAAGAUUAUUGUCACAUUUACAGGAGGAAAACCCGCGCCGAGCUGAUCCGCGUGUCGGCCGCCGUGAUGGGAAUCGAGUUCUCGUAUGCAGCGGAGACUGCCUUCGUUUCGCCGACGCUGCUGAAGAUUGGUGUCGAUCAUCAGCACAUGACGCUAGUAUGGGCACUGAGUCCUCUCGUGGGCUUCUUCGUGACACCCAUCCUCGGUAGCAUGAGCGAUCGGUGUAGAAUGAAAUACGGCAGACGACGACCCUUCAUUCUCCUGUUAGCUUUGGGCGUUUUCAUAGGUCUCAUACUAAUACCCAACGGUGAACAUAUCGGCUAUGCAUUCGGCGACACACCAUCCGACACGAACGAAACGAUUCCUCUUGGGCAUCGUACCACGGCGAAGCUGUUAUCAGAGGAGGCACCUGAUAUGAUCAGCAGGGCUUCUUCGCACUCCUGGGCUAUCUUCUUCACUAUCCUCGGCACGGUUCUACUUGACUUCGACGCCGACGCUUGCCAGAGUCCUGCAAGGGCCUAUCUCCUGGAUGUUACUGUACCUGACGACCACGCUAGAGGUCUAAGCACGUUCACCAUAAUGGCAGGCUUGGGAGGCUUCAUGGGCUAUGGUCUGGGUGGUAUCAAUUGGGAUGCUACCUCGCUCGGUGUUAUGCUGGGAGGCCAUUUACAUGCGACCUUUACUCUGAUCACGAUCAUCUUCGUCAUUUGUGUCUUCUGCACGAUUACGAGCUUCAAAGAAAUCCCUCUGGAAGUGUUAGAAAAAGAUCAAUAUCGAGUGGACGAGUCAAAUGAAAAGAUUCAGGAAACUAAGCUAGAAAACGAGCAAGAACGCGAAAAAAUUAUGCCCGACGACAGUAUGUCGAAAUACACUUACGGCACGGUCAACGACACAACCUAUGAUGAACAAGAAAUUGAUUCCUCGAAGGAGGAAUUCGUUCUCAAUCCGCUGCAAACUUCCGUACAUCCCGAAGAACAAGCCUCCGAUGGCCACGUGAACUACGGCUUCGAUGAUUCGCAAUCACGUGCUGGAAUCACAGAAGUGAACCCGAAGGCAACUUUGAGAGAGUACCUGCUGUCCAUCGUUUACAUGCCGCGCAGCCUUCGUCAGGUGUGUUUAACCAACCUGUUCUGCUGGAUGGCACACGUGUGCUACUCUUUGUACUUCACGGACUUUGUAGGCGAGGCAGUGUUCGGUGGAAAUCCACGAGCAUCCGCGAACACCCUUGAACGGAAACUCUACGAGGAGGGCGUGCGUUUUGGUUGUUGGGGGAUGUCCAUGUACUCGUUGUCUUGCUCGUGUUAUUCCCUGAUCAUUGAACGACUGAUUCAACGUUUCCGUGCGCGUAAAGUUUAUAUCUACGGCCUGCUCUUCUACAGUGCUGGCAUGCUGCUAAUGGCUCUGACGAAACAUCCAGCCGGCGUCAUCAUCUUCUCAUGGACCGCCGGUGUCAUGUACUCCACGCUGUUCACUAUGCCCUAUUUAUUAGUAGCACAUUAUCACGCGUCCUCGACAUUCGCUCUCGCGGCAACGGGGGACGCGAUAACUGGUGGUUUCGUGCGCGGAUUAGGCACCGACAUCGCUAUUGUCUCUUCUAUGGUCUUCCUUGCGCAAUUCCUGCUGUCUUGCUGCCUAGGCACGAUUGUCAGUCUGUGUGGAAGUACUGUGGCAGUGGUGUACAUAGCCAGUGUUUUGGCGAUGUGCGGCGCGGCGUCGGCCACGCAGAUCAUGUAUCUGGAUUUGUGAAUUGCGUUUCGACUCUGGAUAUUCACUUCAGCUGCGUGGAUCCUGCAUAGGACGGUAGGCAUACGCUAAACCGAUCAUCACAAAACAACUGUUGAUUAACAGUUCAAUAAACAGCCGUUAAUCGAGAAUUGUAUUAUUCUUUUGUAUCUUUAUAAUUUUAAAUCACUUAACUACGCGUUAGGCGAUUUCAUAUAUUUCACUAUAUUUAUUUCAUUUCGUGCAUUUACUAUAUUUCUC